CGCCAAUGGCCGUCGUACUUGAGUGGUCGGUCGGGACUCAACUCGGUCUUGACGCGGUUUACAAAACUGGCACGACGUUAUUUCCCUUUCCGAUCGCUGUCUGUAUCUCAUUCACGUCACGGGUAACGUAAAUAGAGAAGACAGCCUCUCAACUCUCCUCUCCGAAUGGAGAUUGUGUAGAAGCAGACGCCCUCCUUUUGUACAACCGCUACAAGUUCGCGUAACAUGAACUAGCCAAUCAUCCAUUUCACCUUCGACCCCGCGCGCCUCGGUUCGGCUCGUCCCUCUUCUCAUCGCGGGGACUGACGUCUUUGGUCUCAGGAUGCCACGCCCAAAGAAGCCAGGAGCACCAGAGCCAAAACGCCGAAGUCGAAAUGGAUGCUGGCCAUGUAAAGCACGAAAGGUGAAGUGUGGCGAGGAGCAUCCGACAUGUAUAAAUUGUCAAAAGACGGGGGAGACAUGCGAUUAUAGUGUGCGUCUGAACUGGGAGGGUCGUCGGACAAAAAGAUCACUCUCUUUCGGAAUAGCAACAGAGACUGCCCAGUCGCCGAAAGCUCCCGUACAGUUUCAACCAUCGUCUUUCAGUCAUACGUUUCCCAUAAGUAACUCUGUUCCGCAAAUCCGCCCCAAGCCCACUAUAAGACGAUCUCAAACCGCUCCACAGAGUGUCGAGCCUGGCAAAAGAAAGCUAGAACCUCUUGGGGCCUUGGAAGAUUACCCCAACAAGGUAGAACCCGAUUCUUUACACGCGAUACCUCGGAGACAGGCGCAGACACUCGCGCCAUCUCCCAUGUCUGCUCAGCAUACCGUUGACAGCUUCACCUCAAUGCCGAUUUUCCAUCAGACCGUUCCGGAAGACACCGGGAUACUUCCGAUAGCCCACAAAAGAACUAGGUCGCUGGCUGAAUCAAGUGACUCCGGGGGACCGCGCCAGCACAGCUAUAUUUCCUCGCCGGCAUCCUUGACGGGGUCCAGUCCUCCAGUGUCUCGUCUCCGCUCCCGCACAGGCUCCACAUCUGUUGGCUCUCCAUUAACGCCGGUAUCGCUGGUUCUUAGGUCUGAAGAUGACACAAGAUCACCUAUACUGAGCCUGCCAUCACCCGUAUCUCCAGGGAGCAGUCGACUAUCGGUGAACUACUUGCUAUCAGGCUCACCAAGAACCCCUUAUGGUCGUAGUACCAGCGUCUCACUGUCUUCGGGUACGCCUCUUGGCUCAGAAACUAUUGAAGGCGGAGCAGAUGAAGCAGACGAAGCAGUGUUCUAUGGGUAUGAUCAUGGCAUCAAAGAUACUGAUAUUAACCACAACGAUGACUUCAGAGCCAUCUCUCAGAUGACUACAUACGUUCCACAUGAUUCUGCCUUCCCCGUUGGUGUGCACAACAAGGAGCCAUGGCGUUUUGAACUAACACAUGCCACCUCUGUGGGAGACGGAUACUAUAGCCAACCUGUUCCGAUACGGAUACCACACAACCUCCAACCUCUACCGCCCAAGCUUCGUGAUAAUUCCAUGAAUCUUCUGUACUUCUCACACAGCCAAAGUUCUCGUGCCCUAUGACGAUCCCAAAUCCAACCCUUUCCGCACCGUUCUACCACAAAUGGCAGUCAGGAACGACCAUCUACUCAGUUUGCUUCUGGCAUAUUCAGCUGCUCAUCGAGCAAGGCUUCUGGGUCAGAAAGAGCCGCAGAUGAGAAUCGCUCUCUGGGUUCAGGACAUCUUUCCGGCCCUGCGACAGGCCCUUAGCGACAAGGAGCAAAUCAUUUCAAACACGAGCCUGGCGACCGCCAUCAUGCUCGCGUCGCUCGAGAUCAUCUCCCCCACGGCGUUCGGCUACGACAUACCUUGGCAGCGGCACCUUAGCCUAGCCCGGGACCUUAUGUGGAGGCGGUUAGCCGACC